CGUAUUUUUUAUAACAGUUUUCUAAUUGUUUUGUGUUGUCUUUGGAAAAAAUCAAAAUUUUGUUCUAUAUUUCAUUUUUGUAAGUCCCCGUCAUUGAAAACAGGAUUUUGAAAAUAGCAAACCUCUAACUGAAUUUUGAAACAAAUUUCGCUUUGGGAAGAAUGGAAGGACAAGUCAUGUGUGAAGUGCCCAUGGAUCAGUCGGCGUGUGGUGAUUACUGUGACCCGUGUCAUGUGCCACCAGAAUUUACACAAUGCCCUCAGAGCGGCUGCAAUAACUGCCCUUGUGAUUGUGGCGAUUAUUCCAGCUGUUGUUAUCAACAGCCACCACGGACCCAACCCAUACGACCAAAUCCAAGUCUUUUGCGUUCCAAUGAACCCAUGGAAACAGAUACAAUUUACAAGAGGUCAUACAUUCAAAAUUGCGGAGCUGAGUGUUAUCGCGCCAAGCCCAUAAGACCCUGUAAUAAUAUACGAUCAGUCAAGGAACCCUUGGAAAAAUGUACUGUACAAAAACUCUCCUAUAUGCCGCACUGUAAUGUGGCCCGCUGUCAGGCAAUACGACCCAAGGAGAAUGGUUUAAAAUUUCAGGGGCCUAUUUAUGCUGUGUCCUCACAAAAACACGAUUUUGUUCCCAAAGGCUUCUGUAGACGUCAACCCAUAAGACCCCGUCCCGGAAUAUGGAAACCCUGUGAUCCCUUGGAAAAAUGUACGGUAAACAAAUUAUCCUAUAUGCCGGUGGAUGUGUGCCAACAUCCACCACCCAAACCCAUUGUGCAAACGUAUAACUAUGUACGGCCUACUGGUCCAGGCGAACAAUGUACGGUGCAAAAACUGAGUUAUUUGCCAUUGUGUAUUCCCCCCAAAGAGCCCAUGCCAUGGGCGGAAAAGGUACGCUGUGUACCGCCAAAAUAUGAAAAUCUCUGUACCACCUAUAAUUUGAGUUAUAUACCAAAUUGUCAAAUCACCCGCAUGGCACCCAUACUGCCCAUCAGUGGCCUGAAAGCGUUAGGCACCGAGACAAAUGAUAAUGGCACGGUGUACAAAUUAAGUUACAUUGGUCCCGAUGGUCGUUGUUGUCGCCCAGCACCGAUAUUACCCAUCAAUGGCUUGGAAAUGCCCAAAGGUCCCAUGGAACGUUGUACGGUGCAGAAAUUAUCCUAUCAACCCAAUUGCUGUGGUGAACGUACCGCACCCAUUAGACCCAAAGAGAAUUGUAUUAAACCCUCGGGGCCAAUGUAUUUUAUGACCACCCAAAAACAUGAUUUUGUCUCAAAACCCUCGACUCGUCGUUCACCCAUUAAACCCAUGGCCGCCAUAGGACGUGCCAUUGGCUCUGUGGAGAAGUGUACCAUUAAUAAAUUAUCCUAUAUGCCAUUGAAUGUUUGUGAACAUCGUCGUCCUGCACCCAUUUUGCCAAGGCCGGGUGUGGGCCAUGCCGAGGGACCGAUGGAGAAAUGUACCACCUAUAAACUGAGCUACAUACCAAAUUGUUUGCCCCCUAAGCAGCCCUUGCCAUGGGCCAAUGCUUCGAAUUAUAUUAAGCCAACGGCGCCCAUAGAAAAAUGUACCAUUCAAAAGUUGAGCUAUCGGCCACCGGGAAUUUUCUCGCGAUGUGGUGGCUGUGCUCAUCAAAAUGGAAACCAGACAACGGCUUACCCCAAGGCAGGUAUUUGUAAUUAAUGAUCAAAACCCUUUCCACGUAAAAGUACAACAAACAAUUAUGCAAAUUUGAUUUCCGUAACAACCCAUUCCAUUCCCAAUUUUCUGGACCCCCUCUAACCAUGAAACGAUCUCCAUUUUUUUUUUGUUUAAUAAAUGUAUUAAAAAUAUUA